CUCCCCGGGCAGGGCUCCCCGCCCCCUCUUCAUUCUCUUCUCCAGCGGGACCUAGGUACGGGACCUAGGCAGGUCCUGUACCCACCCCCCGAAUAAUCCCCUUCUCAGACACUGCCUCCCACCGAGGCAGACCCCUUUCCCGGGCAGGCUCCCCUUACCCUGGGGUGGUAUUGUGCCCUCCAGCAUCACUGGACUUUCGCCCUCUUGUGGGGCUGGAGGUUUUGCCUCCUCGGGGAUUGAGGGUUUGCCCCCCAGGGCUUGGGGUUUUUAACCCCCGGUGGGUGGCAUUUGGCACCCCAGGGCUGGGGUUUUGUACCUUAGGGAUUGGUGUUUUUGCAGCCUGGGGGAUUUUUUUGUCCUCUGGGUGUUGGGGUUUGGCAACCCCGACUCAGUCGCCCCCCUAAGGCCAGCGAGCACUCCCACAUUUGCAGCGUGGGUUUAACUUUGCCUUGAGUUACACUGCUGCCAUCGCGCUUCAGUCUCUCCUCGGAGAAGGGGUUGCAGUAGACUUGCUUUUGCUGUGGAAGAGCAUGCACUGCGCUGGGAGGGAGACCUCAAAGGCCAGAUUGCUUUCCUGUCUCUCAGGUGUGGGUUCAACGUCCUGAAUUGGAGCAGAAACCACCAUCCCAGAGUCAGGCUGGGAGAAGCUCCAUGGGAGCCCCACAAACUGCCCUGGGUCCCCAGGACUCUGCUGCUGGGAAAAGCAUCAUUUACCUGGCUCAUCGCUGCUGCUGAGCUGCUUCGAGCUGGUCGGCUGCAUUCAAAGAUCAGUUUUGAAGGAGGGCUUUUAAUUGCCAUGAAGGACUUCAGCCAGUGCUGCACGUUUAUGCUCACCCUCGGGAUUUCAGACACUUCUAAUGCACUGAUAACCAUGGGACAGUGAUGGCACAGGCACAGCAGGAUUUUAACAGUGAGAAGAUGCUGACAGACAAAAAUGAAUCUUGGCUCUCUAAUUUCUCCUCCGCUGCCGCCUCCUUUGUGAAAGGAGGUGGCCACUUGGAGGGGAUUGGUCUCCAAGAGGUGGUCAUCGGGCUGAUCCUAACGCUCAUUGACUUGAUCACGCUCCUGGGAAACACUGUUGUCUUCAUCUGCCCAGUGGUGGAGAAGAGGCUGCGCACCGUCACCUACAUGUUUAUCAUGUCCUUGGCCAUGGCAGAUUUCCUCGUAGCUUGUCUGGUCAUGCCCUUUAGUAUCAUUUACGAGGUGACGGGGAUGUGGUUGUUCGGGAGGCUGUUCUGCAAAGUCUGGAUCUCCUUCGAUGUCAUGUUCUGCACCGCGUCCAUCGUCACGUUGUGCUUCAUUAGCCUGGACAGAUACUGCUCCGUGGUGACCCCGUACCACUACUCCAGAAGGAUGUCCCGUGGCAGAUGCAUCGUGAUGACCUGCAUGGUCUGGGUUUACUCCUCCCUCAUUUCCUUCCUUCCCGUCAUGCAAGGCUGGAACGAGAUCCCCGGGGUGGACUUCGAUGCAGGCAGAGAAUGCAUCUUUGUCACCAACUGGAUUUUUGCCAUCGUGGCUUCAGCUCUGGCGUUUUUUGUGCCGUUCAUGGUCAUGUGCAGCAUGUAUUUCUUCAUCUACCGCGCUUCGCGGCUGAAAGCCACUCGUAUCAUGUCUCAGACCCUGGAGAUUCACUACCACCCCAACAGCAAGCGGCAGAACCAUCUCCAGCUGGAGAACAAGGCCACGCGGACCAUCAGCAUCAUCAUUUCGGUCUUUGUGCUGUGCUGGCUGCCGUACUUUGUCCUGAACGUCUGGCUCGCUGCCAGAGGUACCGACUCCACCAGCACGGUCUUGGUUGACGCCUUCAAGAUUAUCACCUGGUUAGGGUAUUGCAACUCCACCAUCAACCCAAUGCUCUACGCUUUCUUGAACAGGGACUUCCAACGGGCCCUGAAGAAGCUGCUCAUUUGCAGGCACAGGUCUCAGGUGGACAUUGGAGAAGACAUGGUUUCCAUAGCCACGUUUUCCAAGACUGCUCCGGACCUAGAAUACAGCGUUGCGGUGCCAGUGCCCAACGGUGCCCUGAAGGGCAAACCCAAGUAGGAGGGAUGCAGAAUCAGUGGCUGGAGGUGGUGAUACAGAAAGUGCCAGAGCACAUCCGCGCAGAAAAAUAACGGGUAGGAAAAUAGGGGAAGGAAGGCCUGGAACUGUUACAGCUCAGGGCAUACGACAAAGAUACAUUUCUUCAUCUUCCACAGUUUUACAAAAGAGGAACUUUGAUAUUUUAGGGGCAAUUUGUUAUAACUAAUGGAGCUAAUUCCUUCCUGGGUAAUUAUUUUUUAAUGAGCACUUCCUAAGACAAAUUUAAUCAGUAUGGUAAUGUGAACUCGUCUUUUUGUACAGCCCGGUGAUCUACAACUUAAAUUGAGACAAUAUUUCUUUCUUAUCAAGCCACUGUAGCCCUCAUUUUGCGGCUUACAUUACAAAUCUGACCAGCUUUAAUAAGUCCAUGUGUGUCAGUCUGUGUACGGGAGCUGGCAAGAGGGACGUGGCCAAAGAGCAGAGGCCGCUUCUUCACAAAGGCAGCACGUGGCCCAGCACAGCCCGGGCUCUUGCUCGGGGUUCAACUCACUUGCUCCUGAAAUACUGAGGGGUUCAGAGAGACUGAAACUAUAGGAUGAGUUCACCAGCAUACAAGAACGGGCAGGAGAAAUGCUCCAUGUGCUUAAACAGUGUGGCUACUGUUUGUGAGAUCUAAGAUAAUGGCUUCAGUGGCUUUCUGUGAAUUAUAUGUGAGUUUUCUUAUUGAUCCUGGAAGGGAAUAUUCUCUGUGUCAGACCCCAGGAGGUGAGCCAGACUUGCUGAAACGUUUCCUUGUAACACCAAGAGCACCGAAUGCCCAGGGAGAUACAGGUGACCAACACCAGCCAAACAGUGGAUGUGAAGAGGAAUUAUUAUGUGUGUGUUUCACACUUGUGAUGUCCACACCAUGAUGCUGUGAGUGUAGCUAUGGAGUCCUGCUGGGCCACAGAACCAUAAAAACCAUGAUGAUAAGUGGGAAUAGUUAUUUUUGCUACUCCCAAGCGCUUGCCUGGACUUCAAACAGCACCGGCUCCCCACAGGAGGGACAUGAAGGAUUAUCCUGAAAAGGCAGGAUUGCUCCCAAACGUCUCUGCAGCAUCAUACUGGUGAGUAAAAGCAGGAGCUGAGCCCCCAGGACCACAGCAUUUCUGUAGCAGCAUCACAUGAGGGCUGGUGGCUUGACAAGAGCCAUCGCUUCCCCCAGCACGAUUCUGGUGGGAUCUCAUGCUGCUUUACAGGGGACAGUCACUGCACUCAGAGUCUGAUCCUCUGGGAACAUGAAACACUUCAAGGAUGGCUUUUAAAAUGGCUUUUUCUGAGUGCUCAAUUACCCACCUGGGACAGGCAAGGCUUCUGCAGCCUGGGAACAGCACAAACCCAGCAGAAAGAUACUCAGGCUCACAUAUAGUGUUAAAACGACUGGAGUGAGGCACCUGGAGUGGUGUAGAAUGUCACUCUGUUAAUACAAAAGGAGGGUUUAGUGAACGUCCAGUCAUUUUGCUCUUCCAUCUCAAAGACUGCAGAGGACUGUCUUGAGAGGUGUAACAAAAAGCAAGGAGCUACUACCUGGAGCGGCUCAGCUACUGAAGACGCUGGUACAAGGGUCAGACGUUUUCUCUCGAGAGCCUGGUAGAAGGAACAGCCCUGACCUGGGGCUGCAGCACUGGGAGUCCUGUCAAAUUAGUCCUCAUGGCGUGGGUUGGGUCUCCCAGAUCUUACGACUCCAAUAACAUAGAAGAG